AUGGCCAAGAUGUUCAAAUAUGACCAGCAGGCGAUUCCAGCCUCAAGAAGAGCACUGUCAAACACAUUGGGUACUCACUCCCGAUGUGCAUCAUAUAUCCGUGCCACCCACAAAGAGUACGUGUUACCUAGUUUCAGCUUAUCCCAAAUGCCAGAAACUGAUGUCUCUUACGAAACAUUAAAGAAACUACUCGCAACCCGAACAAGUGUAGUAAUAGUUGUCCGGGAGCCGUGGGAACUCCGAGAAUACGGAAACAUCCCGAGGUCAAUCAACGUACCUCUGGGACCUGUGAACAUUGCCCUCCAGCUGAACCCUGAGGAGUUCAAGGAGAAGUAUGGUGGAGACAUGCCCCAGCCGACAGACCUCAUUGUCUUUUCCUGCCUGGCUGGGAUCAGGAGCCAAAAAGCCCUAGACCAAGCCGUCUCUCUAGAAUAUAAAGACGUACAACUCUAUGCAGGGGGGUGGCAAGAUUGGGCAAAAUGUGAACAGGAAAGCUGA